AUGUUGCGACAGUUUGCUACUCGGCUGCAGCCUCGGGCGAAGGCCCAGGGCUCGAGGCUGCUGAGUUCGCAGAGCAAGUUUGGUGCCAUCAAGGCGCAGAUGCCGAGGCGGACUAUGGCGACGGUCAAGGUGGAAGGGAUACCAAAGGAACCUACUGAAUUGGACGAGAUUACUACACUGCCGAACGGUUUGCGAGUCGCUUCCGAAGCCCUCCCGGGUUCCUUUUCUGGUGUGGGCAUCUACGUCGAGGCUGGUUCUCGGUUCGAGAAUGACUCACUGCGAGGUGUUUCCCACAUCAUGGACCGACUGGCGUUCAAAUCCACCUCGAGGCACUCUGCCGACGAAAUGCUUGCGCGGGUCGAGACGCUCGGAGGAAACAUCCAGUGCGCAUCGUCACGGGAGAGCAUGAUGUACCAGGCGGCCACGUUCAACAGCGCCGUGCCGGAGACGGUGGCAUUGCUGGCGGAGACGAUUCGCGACCCGCGCAUCACGGACGAGGAGGUUGCGGAGCAGAUUGAGACGGCGCGGUACGAGAUUGCGGAGAUUUGGAGCAAGCCUGAGCUGAUAUUGCCGGAGCUGGUGCAUACGGCGGCGUUCAAGGACAAUACGCUGGGAAACCCGCUGUUGUGUCCUGAGGAUCGCCUGGGGAGCAUUGAUAGGAACACAGUGAAGAUGUAUAGGGAUUUGUUCUACCGGCCGGAGAGGAUGGUUCUGGCUUUUGCUGGUGUGGAACACGGCACCGCUGUUAAGCUGGCCGAGGAGUUCUUUGGCGACAUGAACGCGCUGCCAAGGACCGGCUCGGAAACCAGCGUGAGCUCACUCGCCAGUGACGCAUCUGCUUCCUCAUCAGCAUCAUCUUCCUCAUCAUCAAGCUCCUCCUCUUCACGAUUAAUGUCUAAGAUUCCUCUCUUUAAGAACAUCUCCACAUCUACCCCCCGUAACGCCUCUGUCCUCUCCUCUCCUUCUGAACUCGACAUCAUCCAGCCUUCCCGAUAUACCGGCGGAUUCCUCUCUCUUCCUCCCCAGCCGCCGUCUCUUACUGGCACCAACUUUACACACAUUCACCUUGCUUUUGAAGGACUACCCGUUGCCUCAGAUGACAUUUAUGCGUUGGCGACAUUACAGACUCUUCUUGGUGGAGGAGGAUCCUUCUCUGCUGGUGGACCGGGCAAGGGCAUGUACUCUCGCCUGUACACCAAUGUGCUCAACCAGCACGGCUGGGUCGAAUCAUGCGUUGCCUUCAACCACUCUUACACCGACUCUGGCCUCUUUGGCAUCUCGGCGUCUUGCUUGCCAGGCCACACCUCUGCCAUGCUCGAUGUCAUGUGCCAGGAGCUCCGUGCGCUGACGCUUGAACGAGGCAUCUCGAAGCUGCAGGAGGGCGAGGUGACGCGAGCCAAGAACCAGCUGCGGUCGUCGCUGCUGAUGAACCUGGAGAGCCGGAUGGUGGAGCUGGAGGAUCUCGGACGAUCGGUGCAGGUGCAUAAGCGCAAGAUCCCCGUGCGGGAGAUGUGCCGAAGGAUCGAAGCGCUGAGCGUGCGGGACCUGCAGCGGGUGGCCAGCAUGGUGAUGGGUGGCGCGGUGAAGAAUGCGGGUGGGGGCAGCGGUGCGCCGACGGUGGUUGUGCAGGAGGCGCAGGCGUAUGGGGUGACGAGCCAUACGAUGACGUGGGAUCAGAUUCAGGACCGGAUCGAUGGGUGGAAGUUGGGGAAGAGGGCGUAA